UAUCGAUCUCUCAUAGAUUCUAAUUUCUGCUGGAUGCAGCCACUUUUCAAUUUCAUCUACCAGUCUACCUUCACACAUAAGAAUUUUCUUCAAUCCAUGGUAUCUUCCGAUAAAUAUUUUCCAUAGGCGACAUGGAGAUUGGCGGACCUUACUUCUCACAGGCACUAAUAAAUGCUGUGCUCUCACAUUCAGUCCGAUGGUGUCGUGACGAGCUGGGCAUGGAGCAAUUACUCGGCCCUUUCGACGGUGGAGUAACUUUCUCCAAAUGGGCAGUUGAAGACCUUUUCAAUGAUAUCGAACAUGGAAAUAGCAAAAUCCCUACCGUUCAGGCUCUUCUAUCACUUAGCGCUCAACAAUGCGGUUGUGGCAACCACACUCAAGCUUGGCUAUACAGUAGCAUGGUAUUCCGACUAAUCGAUGAUAUAGGCAUCUGCAUCGACAGCAAGCGAUACGCGGAUGUUGGACAUUUUUCCACUGAGGAUGUUGAAGUGCGCAAUCGCUUGUUCUGGAGCUGUUACUUCUGGGACAAGCUCAUAUCCCUGUACUUUGGCCGAGCUCCCAUGGUUCAAAACUCCGAGAUCAGUCCACCACGAGUGCUAAGUAAGACACAGCCUCUGCUCACACGGUUUUUGUCCUGACC